AUGGCAAAUAUUUGGUUACAAUCAUCGAUAGCCACCACCGCUAGUAUACCACUCUAUGAAAUGCAAACUCUGGUCCCAUCUCUGGUCUUAACAUUGCCCACCGUUCGUCUGUUCCUUAUAUUUAUUAUUGUCCUAUUAAUUGUACGACUACUCAUCCAACGACCAAAUCUAUUACCACUACCUCCCGGUCCCCGGUCUAUACCAUUCCUUGGAUUCUUGCCAUUUUUGGGUCAAGAAUUUCAUUUAACACUCACACAGUUUUCCAACGCUUUCGGUCCAAUGUAUCAAAUAUUUCUCGGAAGCAAACGUAUUGUCGUUAUCAGUGAUUCACAUAUAAUCAGAAAGGCUUUCCGUCUCCAAGUCUUUUCCGGACGACCUGACACUGAGUUGACUAGAAUUCUUCAGGGAUACGGAAUAAUAAACUCAUCAGGGGCACUUUGGAAAGAGCAACGGGAGUUUUUGCACAGUGUGUUGAGAAAGUUGGGCGCAAAAAGCUUUACACACGGAAGGCAUAGUCUCGAGCAUAAGAUUCGGCCUCAGAUACAGGACUUCCUGUUAGAUCUCAGAUCAUGUGAUUCGCGUCCGUGUCGUAUCCGACCACUGUUGGCCUGUGCCGUCAGCAAUGUUGUCGGCUCUCUGCUAAUGAGUAUGACGUUCAAGAACUCGGAGGACAAGACAUUCUUGCGUUUGUUGGGCCUCAUGGAGGAGGGCUUCAAACUGUUUACGCUUGCAAUGCCCGUCGACUUCUUUUCGAUACUCAGAUUCGUACCCAAAGUAAACUAUGCCUACCAGAAGCUGAUCCAGAACCGUACUGAGACCAGCUCCUACUUCAAGAAGAUUGUCGACGAACAUCGCCAAACAUUGGACAAAGAUUGUAUCCGCGACUUUGUCGACGCAUAUCUUGUUCAACAGGAAAAAUAUAUGACAAGCGGACAGCACUCGUAUUUUUCGGAGGAACAGCUGAUCCAAGUGAUGAACGAUAUGUUCAGUGCCGGCCUCGAGAACGUUACGUCGACCAUCGAAUGGGCCGUACUAUUCCUGAUGAUCAAUCCGAAAGUCCAGCGACGGGUCCAAUCGGAGAUCGACGAAGUUAUCGGUGAUAAACGUUUGCCAGAAUUGGACGACUUGUCUUCAAUGCCGUACACAGAGGCCACCUUUUGGGAAGUGUUGCGCCGAAGUAAUGUCAUAGCACUGGGCAAUGCUCACUCCACUCUCGAAGAGUCAACACUAUGCGGUUACCGAAUACCCGUCGGCACAAACAUUUUGCCCAAUUUGUAUGCCAUUAAUAUGGACCCAAAGCUAUGGCUGGAACCGGAAAAGUUUGAACCCGAAAGGUUUCUCCGAAACGGCAAAGUCUAUAAACCCGACUAUUUUAUACCAUUUUCUGUCGGCCGAAGAAUGUGUUUGGGAGAUGUGUUGACCAAAAUGGAGUUUUUCCUCUUCAUGUCCAGCCUUUUGCAACAGUUUGAUCUCUGUGUUCCCCAUAAUGAAGAGCCACCGCAAGCGUUGGGCAUUACGGCGGCCACAAUGGCUCCCAAACCCUUCCAGGUCUGUGCCAUUCCCAGAAAAAGUCACCAAUUAAUUGAUUGA